AUGCGCCUCGCCGCGCGCCUCAGGCUCUCGGCGGCGCGCCUCGGGUCGCGGUCGCGCGCGCUCUCGGCGGCGCCGGUGCGCUUCCAGACCAUCGCCGACGAGCCGCUGCUGGAGGUGGCCUGCUUGCGGCGCGAGGCCGCGGUCAUCGAGGGCGCGCCCGUCGUCGUCGAGCGGGACACGACGCGCGCCCUGCUCGACGCCCUCGCAGACCUCGCGGCGCGGCCCGCGGCGGAGCUCGCGGCGCCGACGCUCGACGGCGACACGGACUGGGAGCUCGACGGCUUCACGACGUACUCGAGCAAGUCGUUCCGCCUCACGUGCGCGCGGUCCGGCGCGGCGCGGCGGCCCCUGCCGCGGCGCGACGCCUACCUGCUCACGGGCCCCCGCGGCGCGGGCAAGAGCGUCGCGCUGGCCACCGUCGUCUCCUGGGCGCGCGCGAACGGCUGGCUCGCGCUCUACGUGCCCCGGGGCUGGGACGUCGCGAACGCGGGCGACUACGUCGUGCCCUCGCCGCACCACGCGGGCAUGUUCGAGGAGCCCCGGGGCAGCCGGGCCCUGCUCGAGGCCUUCGACGCCGCGCACGGCGGCCAGCUCGCGGCCGUGGCCGUCAAGGACGAAACCGUCGCGGACCGGUGGGGCGCGGCGACGCUCCGGGAGUUGCUGGACGCGGCGCUCGCCAAGGACCGGCUCGACGAGGCGUCCACGGCGCUGAGCGACCUGCGCUUCGAGCUCGGCCGCGCGACGGAGUUCCCCGUGCUCCUCGCCGUCGACGAGUACACGUCGUUCCUCGGGCGCACGGACUACUUCUACGACCACGCGCGCCUCGCGCCCGCGGACCUCGUGGCCGUGUCCGCCCUCGCGCCCCUCGGCGCCGCGGGCGUGCCCGAGGCGCACCGCCUCGCGCGCGGCUGCGCCGUCCUCGCGGACUCGUGGAGCCGCGGCCCGCCGGGCAUGGGCGACGGCGACAAGCGCAAGGCCGCGCCGCACGCGCCCUUCGAGCUCAAGCUUGGCGCCUACAGCCGCGACGAGUUCCGGGCGGCCCUCGACCGCUACAAGGCCGCCGGCUACUUCGAGGCCGACCUCGACGCCCACGACCCGCUGCAACGGACGCGCAUGGCGGCCUUGGACGAAUCGACCGUGCCCAUCGUCGACAUCGCGCCCUUCGCCGCCCCGUCCCUCUACGACGACGCGGCGCGCGCGACGGCGGCGCGCGCCUGGGACGCGGCCAUGACCGAGGUGGGCUUCGCCGUGAUCGUCGGCCACGGCGUGCCGGCGAAGGUCGUCGAGGACCUGCGCGCGGGCGCGGGCGACUUCUUCUCGCGCGACGCCGCCGAAAAGCUCGCGUACCGCCACGGGCCCUACGGGAACCCGCUCGGCGGCUACACGGCCAUGGGCACGGAGGCCGUCUCCCGGACGCGCGACGCCCACGGCUCCGACGCCGGCGGCGCCGGCGGCUUCGAGGCGGCGCUCCCGGACCUCGUCGAGUCCUUCGUCUUCAAGCCCGACGAGGCGACGAGGCCGAAGCCGCCGGCGCUCGAGGCCGCGGGCCGCGCCUACCACGCGGCGCUGCUGGGCGUGCUCGACACGCUGCACGCCGUGACCGCGGCGGCCCUGGGCCUGCCGGCGGGCUUCUUCGACGAGUUCUACGCGCCGGGGGCGGACGUGUCGCUGCGCCUCGCGUACUACCCGCCCGUGCCGGCCGCGGCGCGGAACUCGUCGGCCGUGCGCUACGGCGAGCACACGGACUACACGGGCUUCACCAUCCUGCUCCAGGACGACGCGGACGUCGGCGACCUCGGCGCCGGCGGCCUGCAGGUCCUGCGCAAGUCGGGCGCGUGGACCGCGGUCCGGCCCGUGCGCGGGGCCUUCGUCGUGAACAUCGGCGACCUCUACGAGAUCUGGACCAACGGCCGCUGGCGCUCGACGGUGCACCGCGUCAUGAAGCCGCCGCCGGACUCGCCCGCGGCCGACGCGCCGCGCCUGUCGAUCCCGUUCUUCACGGGGCCGCACGGCGACGCGGUCAUCGAGGCCAUGCCGACCUGCGUCGACGACGACCACCCGGCGAAGUACGCGCCCGUGAAGGCGCUGGACCACCUCCUCAGCAAGCUCGCGGCGUCGAAUACGUAA